UAAAGAUGGAACACUAGAUAAGACAUAAGAGAGGGAGAAUUGAGCUCUAGGGGUUCGUGUUUCCGAACUAGCGACGAUAACAUCAUUCUCAUUCGAUGGCUGAUAACAACAUGGGCACAUUAUUGGACAACGGGCUCGACCUCAAUUCGCUGCAUAAGCAGAGACAUACUUUGGCUGUUUUCUUGUUCGUUGUUUUUCCAAUCAAAGCCAAAUUGGUGCCAAGUAUGAGUGAUUAUGCCCGCCCUUCCAAAAACCUGUCCCAGCGGAAACUCACAAUACAUCCUUUGGACGUACAUACCUCACAACGGUGAUCAAAAGCGAAAUUGUCAUACUGUGUUUCGCGCUGAGAUGAGGAGGGUAAUCUGGAAAGUUUUGAAUCUACUGACGCUGAGAGGUUUCCCCAAGGCGUCCCGCGUACGUACGAAGCCCGCUUGUGGAACAAGGUUCAAUUAUUGAGACUCCGUGAAAUUCGUCCUUCCAGUCACCCGCAAAACUUACUUAAUUCUUCGAGUUACCACGACAC